GAGCUGGGUUUGGUCUCCCCCUCUCUCAUUCACUUGUGCACACAAGUGAAUUCUCUCUUCUCUCUCUCUCUCUCUCUCUCUCUCUCUCUCAGAAUGAUGGCUCUGGGUAGAGCUUUCGCUACGGUUUUCUGCUUAAUUCAAGCUGUUUCUGGAGAAAGUGGCAAUGCCCAGGAUGGAGACCUAGAAGAUGCAGAACUGGACGAUCACUCCUUCUGGUGCUACAGCCAGCUGGAAGUGGAUGGAAAUCAGCAUUCACUGACUUGUGGCUUUAAUGACUCAGACAUCAACACCACUAACCUGGAAUUUGAAAUAUGUGGUGCUCUUUUAGGCAAGGAUUGUCCAACUCUUAGUAAGCUGCAAGACAUAUAUUUUAAAAAACCCAUAAAAUUCUCAUUGAUUGGUAACAGCCGUAUAUGUGUGAAGCUUGGAAAAAAGGAUUUGAUCUGCAAAACUAUGGAUAUAACCAAAAUAGUUAAAGCUGAGGCUCCUUCUGACCUGGAAGUAGUUUAUCGAAAAGAAGCAAAUGACUUUUUGGUGACAUUUAAUACACCUCACUCGAAAAAGAAAUAUGUAAAAAAAUUAAAGCAUGAUGUGGCCUACCGCCCAGAAAGGGCUGAAAGUAACUGGACGCAUGUAUAUUUAUCCCAUACAAGAACAACAAUCCUAGUGAGAAAACUACAACCAAAAGCAGUGUAUGAAAUCAAAGUCCGAUCCAUUCCCCAUCACGAAUACUUCCAAGGCUUCUGGAGUGAGUGGAGUCCAAGCUCUACCUUUGAAACUCCAGAACCCAAGAAUCAAGGGGGAUGGGAUCCUGUUUUGCCAAGUAUCAUCAUUCUGAGUUUGUUCUCUAUGGUUUUGUUGGUCAUCUUAGCCCAUGUGUUAUGGAAAAAAAGGAUUAAACCUGUUGUAUGGCCUAGUCUUCCUGAUCAUAAGAAAACUCUGGAACAACUAUGUAAGAAGCCAAAAAAGAAUCUGAAUGUGAGUUUCAACCCUGAAAGUUUCCUGGACUGCCAGAUUCAUGAGGUGAAUGGAAUUCAAGCCAGAGAUGAAGUGGAAAGUUUUCUGCAAAAUUAUCUUCCUCCACAACCUGAGGAAGUCGAGAAGCAGGGACACAGAGGAGCUGUACACAGUGCAAACUGGCCAUCUGAGACUUCAGUCAGCCCACCAGAAACAUGCAGAAGAGAGUCACCCCUAAGAUGCCUGGCUAGAAAUCUGAGUACAUGCAAUACCCCUACAUUCCUUUCCUCUAGGUCCCCUGACUACAGAGAUAGUGAAGAGAAUAGGCCUCAUGUGUAUCAAGACUUGUUUCCAAGCUCUGGAAACACAAAUGCCACUGUCCCUCAACCAUUUCCUCUCCAAUCGGGACUCCUGAUACCAGUUUCUCAGAGGCAGCCCAUCUCCACUUCCUCAGUACUGAAUCAAGAAGAAGCAUAUGUCACUAUGUCUAGUUUUUACCAAAACAAAUGAAUUAUAAGACACCUAAGACCCCUCCCAUCGAAAACCAAAUGAUCACUGAGAUGGAAAGUCUGGAAGCUUCUUCUCCCUCAUAGCUCACAGAAGAGAAAGGCAACGUGACCUUGCUACACAUCUUCAGCCUUCCCAGAAAUCAUUUUGAUCUCCUAGCUCAGAAGCAUUUACACAAAGCAGAAAAUUUCCCCCUUGUUGGAUUAGUCAUAAGAGUCCAGAUGACCCAAUUAAAAUUGCAAAACUCAAUUAAAUGAAAAGCAAAGGGCAAGAUAGAAGGAGGUAAUGAAUGCAGGAAGACGAAAAGGAAAGAUGUGAGUGGUGGGUUUAUCACAAGGAUUUAAUAUAUAUCCAGCAGUACACAACUGCCCUCACUUCUUCCUCACAAUACUACAAUGUGGGUUCAUUCAUUAUAAUUGUUAUUUUCUUUGUCACAGAUGCUGAAGUUGAAAGUAGAGAUUUUUAAAUAGUGUCUAAGUUUUUCUUCCAGCAAAUAGAUGAGGCAUCCAUUCCAACUUCAAUCCUCCCUUGCCAUGAACUUGUCUUACUGUUGAAUGUCAAACAUCACCACUAAGUGGAUGGUUACAUCGUUAUUCUCCAAACUGGUUCGAUUUGGAAAGGGAAAGUGAGAAAUAAUUAACAGUAAGCAUAAACUGUAUCUGUCUCAGAGAGAUGUGGAUGCAUGGUCAUUUUACUUGACGUAGCUAUGAGGAUGAACAUAGAAAACGAAAUACACUUAUGGGUGUGAUACCAUGACUGUGUAUCAAAGGAAGUGGGAGAAAGCAAAAAGACACCAAGCUCAUUUGAUUUUGUUUUAUGGUUUUGUUUGAAAACAAACUCAAGAAACAAUAAGUUACAAGCCAAGAAGUUCACGCAUCAGUUAUCAAGACCAUGAUCUUCCUGCUGCUAUUAUCCAUUGGCUUCCAUGUGAGGUCGUAGGAGGAGCUACGGCCAACCUACAGCAGUUCAACAUUUAACAGUGAGUGGAGAAAUAGUUGUCUGAUAUGUGGAGACACCAUUACGAAUUACUCCAAGUUCUACAGCCUCAGAUAGUGCCUGAAAUAUAGGAAGAAGGGGCUUUGCACACCUCAGUGAGUAGCCCAGCUGAAACUAUGCUCACAGAAACACAAAGAAGAUAGGUAAGUUGCUUAAGUUCAAAUGUUGAUUCACAACUGCAAGCCACAAUUUUGAAUCCCUGCUGCUUAUGGCCAGUCUCCUGAAGAAAACAACAAAUAACUGAAAGACAUCAUGAUUGGGUGACUUAGCAUUAAAAUUCUGUUUCAGUGUUGACAUUGGUUGUUUGAAUUGGUGUGUUUGUCCAGUAAUGUAUUAUAUCCAUGCAUUAUAUUCAGAUAACCACAACUGCUGCUAAUGCUUGAUUAUAUACUCAGGAACUGCGUGCAAUGUAACAUUACUGGUUCUGUCUGGCAAUUUUCCUCUUGGUAUUUACAAAGGAAAACCAAAACUCUUGGCCAGAGACAAUAUGCAAAACAGAGAUGUCAAAGUACUAUGUCCAAGUAAUGAGAAAUAGAUAACAAAUUUAUCAAUCAACUAUGUCUGGAUCCAGGGAAUCUCUAGUUAUUCAAUUUAUUUUCUGUAAACCAUUGUCUCUCUCUUCAUCCAGGCUGCCAUGGAAAUGUUUGCCUUCAAAUACAAGAAUGGGCUAUUUUCUGGAAUUUAUACAGCGCUGGUCAUUUGUGUGUGUGUGUGUAAGCUCAGCAGUUUUUCUCUGGCGUUCUUUAAUAUACCCACCAUCCACUACAGUAAAGGUCUCUGGGUUGACUGUAUACUCUUUUAAAUGAAUUAAUAGAAUUCUGUAGAUCUGUUACAUAGACAAAUGUACGGUGUGCAUUGUCAUUUCACAAUUAAAUAAAUGCUAAGGAAUUUUA